AUGAAAUUGGGUCCAACAUUACUGCAGCUUCGUCAUACAAGAGGUAAUCAUUCAUAUCUGCAUCUGCAUCAUACAAUUGUGAGAGCUUGUUAUUAUCAUAGAGUAGUAGUAACACAGUUUGAGAGUUUUGUUAGGGAUGAGUGUAAAUCUGGAAGGAUCAAAAAGCUUGAUGAUGGAUUGAAAUACUUCAAUCAACUCAUUUCAGAAAGGCCAUUACCAUCUAAUGAUACAUUCUGUCAUGUGUUGGGUUCACUAUCCAAGAUUGGAUGUUAUUCUGAUGUGAUUCUGUUGUAUAAGAAGAUGAAUUUGCUUGGAGUAAACCCCAGUAUAUAUACAUUCAACAUUUUGAUUAAUUGCUUCUGUCGGUUAGGCCAAGUGAAUCAUGGGUUUUGUUUGCUUGGAGAGAUGUUAAAGAGAGGUUAUCAUCUUAAUUCUGUCACUAUCAAUACACUGAUUAAAGGGUUGUGUAUCAAGGAUGAGAUUGAACCGGCCUUUCAACUGUUUGCUAAAAUGACUCACCCAGGUACUCAACCUGAUGCCGUUACGUGUAAUACUCUUAUACAAGGGCUUUGUAGAAUUGGUGAAGUGGGUCGUGCUCUUCAGCUUAAAAACAACAUGGUGAAAUGGAACUGCAUCCCAACUGUUGUUUCAUAUUCUGCCAUUAUAGAUACUCUUUGUAAAGGAGGUCUAGUUGAUCAAGCUUUGGUUCUCUUCUCCGAAAUGCAUCUUGAUUCGAAUGUGGUACCUGAUGUAGUUGUUUACACUUGUUUGAUCAAUGGACUUUGCAAUUCCGGACGAUUGAACGAGGCAAAGAGACUCCUUCAAGAGAUGGACAAUAGAGGAAUCUCUGCCAAUGUAACGACUUAUACUACUUUGAUUCAUGGUCAUUGA